UAAGAGCCCCCCAGUGCCGGACGCUCCAGACAGACUGCCACUCCUGGGGGGCAAGAGUUGGUUGUCGUCAUGGCGACGGCGCUGAUGGCUGCGGUUCUGCGGGCAGCUGCUGUGGCCCCGAGGUUGAGAGGCCGGGGAGGCACUGGGGGCGCCCGAAGGCUGAGCUGUGGCGCGCGGCGGCGGGCGGCGAGGGGCACCAGCCCGGGGCGCCGGCUCAGCACCGCCUGGUCGCAGCCCCAGGCCCCACCGGAGGAGUACGCGGGCGCGGACGACGUCUCCCCGUCACCCGUCGCCGAGAAGCCGUCGUGGGUGCCGAGUCCCACGCCCCCGGUGCCCCACGAGACCCCAGAGCCUCCCUCGGGCCGUUCGCUGGUGCAGCGGGACAUCCAGGCCUUCCUGAACCAGUGCGGGGCCAGCCCCGGGGAGGCGCGCCACUGGCUCACGCAGUUCCAGACCUGCCACCACUCCGCGGACAAGCCCUUCGCCGUCAUCGAGGUGGACGAGGAGGUGCUCAAGUGCCAGCAGGGCGUAUCCAGUCUGGCCUUUGCCCUGGCCUUCUUGCAGCGCAUGGACAUGAAGCCGCUGGUGGUCCUGGGGCUGCCGGCCCCUACGGCGCCCUCGGGCUGUCUUUCCUUCUGGGAGGCCAAGGCGCAGCUGGCCAAGAGCUGCAAGGUGCUGGUGGACGCGCUUCGACACAACGCCGCCACUGCUGUGCCUUUUUUUGGCGGCGGGUCGGUGCUACGCGCUGCCGAGCCCGCUCCCCAUGCCAGCUACGGCGGCAUCGUCUCGGUGGAGACAGACCUGCUGCAGUGGUGCCUGGAGUCGGGCAGCAUCCCCAUCCUGUGCCCCAUCGGGGAGACGGCCGCGCGCCGCUCCGUGCUUCUCGACUCCCUGGAGGUGACCGCGUCGCUGGCCAAGGCGCUGCGGCCCACCAAAAUCAUCUUCCUCAAUAACACAGGCGGCCUGCGCGACAGCAGUCAGAAGGUCCUGAGUAACGUGAACCUGCCCGCCGACCUGGACCUGGUGUGCAACGCCAAGUGGGUGAGCACAAAAGAACGGCAGCAGAUGCGGCUCAUCGUGGACGUGCUCAGCCGCCUGCCCCACCACUCCUCCGCCGUCAUCACCGCCGCUAGCACGCUGCUCACUGAGCUCUUUAGCAACAAGGGGUCCGGGACCCUGUUCAAGAACGCCGAGCGAAUGCUACGGGUCCGCAGCCUGGACAAGCUGGACCAGGGCCGUCUAGUGGACCUGGUCAAUGCCAGCUUCGGCAAGAAGCUCAGGGACGACUACCUGGCCUCGCUGCGCCCACGGCUGCACUCCAUCUACGUCUCCGAGGGGUACAACGCCGCCGCCAUUCUGACCAUGGAGCCCGUCCUGGGGGGCACCCCGUAUCUGGACAAAUUUGUGGUGAGCUCCAGCCGCCAGGGCCAAGGCUCCGGCCAGAUGCUGUGGGAGUGCCUGCGGCGGGACCUUCAGACACUUUUCUGGCGCUCCCGGGUCACCAACCCCAUCAAUCCCUGGUACUUCAAACACAGUGAUGGCAGCUUCUCCAACAAGCAGUGGAUCUUCUUCUGGUUUGGCCUGGCUGAUAUCCGGGACUCCUAUGAGUUGGUCAACCAUGCCAAGGGACUGCCAGACUCCUUUCGCAAGCCAGCUUCUGACCCAGGCAGCUGACCCUCACCAUGGAUGCUACAGGCCCUGGAAUGGCCAGGGUGGACCAAAAGCCAUGCCAGCUGGGCAUGACCCCAGGCAGCCAGCCACAGGCUGGAGGGGGCUUGUUGGCUGAGUGAUCUGCAGAGGAGAAAGCAGCCCCAGCUCUGCCCAGAGGAGGCGCUGAAGUGGGACAAGCACAGGAAAGAGGGGGACCAGUCUAGGACCCCAACUCGACUCACUCUAAAGCCACAACCAAAUGGCCUUCGAUUUUCAACCUGGGGAUUAGGGGAGGGGAGGGUGCCUUCCAGGGCUCUACUCAGGACUAACCCUGAGGGUGGGCUAGUUUCUGUGCCUCUGUGCUAUGUUUUGAGGCUCCCUUACCCAAAAUAACACCCCUGCCCGCACGAUAUUCUACCAUUCAUUUUAAUUCCUUUAGGCCUUGCAGUUUUUCAGGAGGCCUUGAUUAAAAUGCAAAUACUUGUCUGAGAGUCAGCUUACACUUGAAAGAAAAUUAGAAGUGACCCCAUGGGAGCAAGAUUUUUUUUUUUUUUUAAGACAGGGUCUUGCUCUGUUACCAAGACUAGAGUACAGUGGUGCAAUCACAGCUCACUGCAGCCUCGACCUCCCAGGCUCAAGCAAUCCUCCCACAUCAGCCUCCUAAAUAAGCUGGUACCACAGGCAUGCACUGCCACACCUGGCUUUUUUUUUUUUUUGGUAGAGACAAGGUCUCACUGUGUUGCCAAGGCUGCUCUCAAACUCCUGGGCUCAAGCAAUUCACCCUGCUUGGCCUCCCAAAGUGCUAGGAUUACAGGCUGAGAGCAAGAUCUUGAGGGUUAGGGAAUCAGGGGACUCCUGGAGGGAGUAGAAAACUUCUAUGAUGAAUGCUGCCACCAUCUCCCUCCCAGAGGUUAGGAAGCAUCCUCCCUUCCACAGACCAGGCCACAGCAGCCCCAGCUCCCCUUCCCUGUGAGUGCCUCCACCCACAGCUCCCUUUCUAGGCUGGGCUCACAGCCAGACCCAGGCAUCAGUGGCGGACUAUUUACCUGCAAAAGCUCAGAGAAGUUAAAAGAUGGCUUUGGCUUAAAAGCUCAAACUUGGACUUUUCCCCUAGGCCC